AGUGCAACUUGUGAUUCCGAACUGUGCAAUUAAAAGCUCACCGCCAAGGCUUGAGCUUUAUAUAUAGCAAACUUAUUUUACCUUCGUGUACCUUUUAUCCUCUUAAGGGGAUUUUUGUUAAUUUAAUAAACGAUUUUUUGUGUGUUUUUUUGUGAUUUUUUUUGAGGAUUAAAAAGGAAAAGUUCUAUCCAAAGUGUGACAUCAUGAAAGUGUUCAUCUUCGCUACCUUAAUGACAGUCUGUGCGUGCGCGAGACUGGACAACACCUACCUGCCACCUCCUGGAGCUGCCCAUUCCGGAGGUGGUCCCGGAUUAACAGCUCCCAGUUUUGCUGGGAGUCGUCCAGGUGCUGGUGCUCCAGGUGGACGUCCCGGUGGCUCUGCUCCUCGUCCAGGUGGUGGCUACGGUGGUGCUCCAUCUGCUGGUGGCUUUGGCGGUGGUUCAGGUGGCGGUGGAUUUGGUGGUGCUCCUGCUGGUGGGGCUCCAAGUGGCCCACAGGAACCCCCAAUUGCCAUAAUUUCGUACGAAAAUGAAAACAACGGCGAUGGAUCGUACAGGUACAGCUACGAGACAGCCAAUGGCAUCAAAGUUGAGGAAGAGGGUGAAAUUAAGAACAAAGGAAGUGAGAAUGAGAUCCUGAGCGUUCGAGGAUCCUACUCGUACACAGCUCCCGAUGGUACCCCCAUCACAGUCACGUACAUUGCGGAUGAGAAUGGAUUCCAGCCACAGGGUGAUCAUCUACCAACACCACCUCCUGCACCUCAAGGAGCAGGCCCAGCUGCUGGUGGGGGAUACCCAAGUGGACCUUCAGGAGGUGCUGGUCAGGGUUACCCAAGUGGAGGUGGUGGUGGUGGAGGCUACCCAUCAGGAGGAGCCCCACAGAGACCAAGUAAUCAGUACAUUCCACCCGCAAGUCAACCAGCACGACCACCAGGAAAUGGAGGUUUCAACCCCCAAUCCGGCUACCGAAUCUUGUCCGUUGCACUGACACUCACCUGCGUGGCUGCAGCCCCACAGGCACCCGCCCUGGGACCCACAACUGAACCCAUCCCAAUCCUCCGCCAGGAGCAAGAAGUCAAUUUCGAUGGGACCUACAAAUACGCCUACGAGACGGGCAAUGGGAUUGCCGCCGAGGAGACGGGUUUCCUCAAGAAUGCCGGCACCGAGGAGGAAGCACAGGUUGCUCAAGGUCACUUUGGAUACACCUCCCCCGAAGGCCAGGCUGUGCAUCUGACCUACAUUGCCGAUGAGAAUGGCUACCAGCCAACUGGUGAUCAUCUGCCCGUGCCACCACCCGUGCCAGAGGCCAUCGAAAGGGCCGUCAAGUACCUGCUGUCUCUGCCACCACCAGCACCAACCAAGAACUAAGUCAACCACCUUCAAAAUCUCCUCCCAAAGUUACCUUUCCUCUCCUCCCCAACUCCAUGUAAAUACGCAGGAAGUUCAACAAAACCACCACCCUCCACCCCCGACGAAUGAACCCCUUCUUAUUCCCCCAACAAUAGAUCAUUCCUUAGAGUCAUAAUAAAAUAGGUAAAAAAAAA